AUAAGCCAGUGGAAGUGAGGCUUGGGGCCCCAGCGAUGACGUCAUAGUGAAGGCGCAGAGGAAUGACGUAUCAUCGUGAGUCCUCCAGCAGAACACCUCUCCAGUAUAGAGCGAAAGCAAUACCAAAUCGAGGUCGAUCAAUUGAAUCAGCGACUGGCUGAGGCUGAAGCCAAGCUGAAGACGGAAGUAGCCCGCAUCAAGAAGAAGAUGCAAGUACAAAUCACCGAGUUGGAGAUGUCCCUCGAUGUAGCCAACAAGCAGAACCUCGAUCUCCAGAAGACCAUCAAGAGCCAGGCUCUCCGAUUGCAAGAGCUGCAAUCUCACUACGACGAAGUGACUCGUCAAUUGCAACAGGCCAUCGAUCAACUGGGAGUGGCUCAGAGAAGAUGCCAGACACUCCAGAUGGAACUGGAUGAAAUGAGAUCAGCUCUUGAACAGGCUCAACGUGCCAAGCGACACGCCGAGCAACAGUACGAGGAAGCUCACAGCAAGGUGAACGAACUGACCACCAUCAACGUCAACCUCUCCGCAGCCAAGAACAAGCUGGAGAGCGAUUUGUCCACCUUGCAGUCGGACUAUGAAGAAAUCCACAAGGAACUGAGAGUUGUCGAUGAGAAGUACAACCGCACGGUCAUCGAGCUGAAGACAGUAAAGGACCAACUGACAGAAGAACAGGAGAGAUGCGUGAAGAUCGAAUCCAUCAAGAAGUCUCUGGAGAUGGAAGUACACAACCUCCAAGUCAGAAUCGAGGAGGUUGAAGCUAACGCUUUGGCCGGAGGAAGACGUGUCAUCAGCAAGCUUGAAGCCAGGAUCAAGGAUGUGGAGAUCGAACUCGAGGAGGAGAAGAGACGUCACUCUGAGACGCAGAAGAGCCUAAGGAAAAAGGAACAUCGUUUGAGGGAGCUGCUGUUGCAGACCGAGGACGACCACAAGACCAUCACUAUGCUCAAUGAUGCCACUGAGAAAUUGAGUGAGAAGGUCAAAAUGUACAAGAGACAACUAGAUGAACAGGAGGGUAUUUCUCAACAAAAUCUGAGCCGAGUCCGUAGGUUCCAACGCGAACUGGAAGCCGCAGAAGACAGAGCCGAAGCUGCUGAAGGUAAUCUUUCCAUGAUCCGUGCCAAGCACAGGUCAUGGGUAACCACCAACCAGAUCCCCGGAGGUGGAGUCCGUCAAGUUUUCGUGACAGAAGAAACCACAACCAACUACUAAAAAACGUUUUGCUGUUGCCGGUCUUCUAAACGGACAAUAAAAGCUCGCCAUUUUUAUAAGCAUGUCUAGUGCUUGCAGCAAAAGUUCGAUUGUAUUAAAUAAACUCUACAGGAAAACACAAGAACAUCGAAUCUCUCAAUGUCGCUUGUUGUAACUGUAACCAUUACCCAUGUACCGAAUUGUUACACUUGAUACCAUACUUUAAAAAUAAUAAUAAUGAAUUCAUAUGAGGCAGAUUUCUCAGAAUAUUUAUUGAAGAAGACACCUGGAUAAUUCAGGUUAUGUAUACAUUAGCAGACACAAAUUUUAGGAUUUGUUUAUUCAUAUAUCUGAAGGCUAAUAAUAGUGGUAAUUCUCUAGCGUUUGUUGAUGCAUUGUAGCAACUUAUAUAUACUUUAGAACAAAAUUAUUUCACUUGAUGUUCUUUUUUUUUAUGUCUGAUAACUUAAUUCACUAUUUUAACUUAUCAACGAACGAGUAAAAUUGUAUUAUUGGAAAACUCUUUAUAAAAUUAAAAAAGGCUUGAAAAAAUUAAAAAUUAAUUAUAAAAUUAAAAAUGGCUUGAAAAGUAAUUCUAAAAUUAGUUAUGCCAAAAAAUAAUCAUUUGUCACCGAAUUGCAAUCCAAAAUAUAUAAAACAUACAUUAAGGCGAAAUAAAAAGCAAUUUUUUGUGACUUUC